CAAGAUAUUAAUCCUUGGCUCGAUUGGAUCAUGCAUUCAGCGACUUCACGAUCGAGCCAGUCGUCUCUGCAAUCUUCCGUUCCGAAUGCAUCAACAUCGUCUCUUCUGCAACAACAACAGCAACAAUACCACCACCACCACCACCAUCAUCACCAGCAGCAGCAACAACAGCAGCAGCAGCAACAACAGCAGCAGCAGCAACAGCAACAACAACAACAACAACAACAACAAAUCCUUUACGGACCUAUCGUCAAUCCAGUAAUACCUCUUCAGCCUUAUGCCCCAGGAAUACAUCCAACAUGUAUUUAUCCUACAGCUCAACGACACGCAGGAAUAUCAACACCCAUUUCUUUGCAAAUGCAAGGCAAGACCAAUAGGUGGCAAUUCAAGAAUAAGAUUAAUCGUGGCCAACAACAAUAUAAUCAAGAACACCUGCAGCAGCAACAACAUACUCAACAAUCAUUCUACAAUUCCAAGCUUGUUUUUGAACAAGAUUCGAGCAACUCCACGUUACCAUCAUCAAACACAUCAUUUAUCCUGACAUCAUCGAAUUUUGCACGUGGUGGACUUCCAGGAGAAUCUUACAACAAUUCCGCUGUGACAUUGAUACCUCAAACCCCAUAUGUCAAGCCAUCGGACACACAAACUUUCUGUUUGCUCCAAGACCGACAAAAAUCUCAGCUAGUUCAACGUCAACAACCAUCGACUCAUAAUUCUUAUUACAACAUAUCUUCAGCAAAUGCUUGCAGUUUGCAAACGAUGAAUCCAAAUGCAUUUCAAUUAGCAAACGUCAAUCCAUAUACUACUGUAACAUCUUUCUCGAAUAAUCAGAUUAUAGGACCGAUACAAACGGUACAAGCUACACAAAUAUUUCCAAAUUCACAAAUAGAUUUAUUAUUUGCUGGUCAAUUACGUGAAAAAUUAUCAGAAACUAAUAUUGACAAUACUUUUUCAAAAUACUCGAAAGAUAAGUUACCGAUCGUCGGUAACACAAUUCCCAUCAAUUCGAUUGAUAAGACAGAUAAUCACGGAGACUGGUCGGUACAUGAAAACAAAGCAACUUCAGUGAAUAAUUUCGAGCCAAAUUCAAAAGAAUCAUCUGUUCCACGGACGGUGGAGAAUCGAAUAGUUGAGAAGAUACAAGAAGAAGGUGCUUGCUCAGACGAAUCUUCAGCAAGUUUCGAAUUCACUCUCGAAGCUGAAAAAAUGGUCUCGGCAUUGUGCAACACUACAUCAUCAAACGAUCUCAGCAAAGAAGAAUCACGUAAUGGAACAAAAUCUGAAGCUAUAGUGUUUUUCGAUGGAGCUGGUGAUAAUCCAUCGAACAAAAACAACUGGUUCACUAAUUUUUGCACGGAUGAAAGUAAUAAAAGUGAGAAUAGUAAAUCUAUAGCCGUUCAAACGGAUGGUCCAUGUACGGACAGAUUACAAUAUCCAGAACUGAUUCGAAAAACGGCUUAUUGGGGUUGCACCAAAGCCGAGAUUGUCCUCAAUUCAGAAACAUUGGAAAACAAUGGAAAGUGCGAUCGUUUGAUAAAUUUGUCUUCGGCUACUAGAACAGCUAUCACAAAAUCUUCAACUUGCUUUCCAAUAUUCGCUGGGGAUCGUAUCUUUGCUAAAGACUUGAUAAAAGCUUUGUUACGAGUUAGCAACGGCUGGCUCAUUCUCGACAAUUAUUUGAACAAACAACAUUAUCCCAGCCUAGCUGAGAAAUUAGAUGAUGAGUUACUUCGAUGUUUUCAAAAGUGGGAAGAAAGUACUUACGAAUUGCUUCGGCAGAUCGUAGAAACUUUUUUAAGAUUGGAAGAGAAUAGUCGCAUAUCUCCUGAUAAAGGCGAAAGACUUGUUGAGACGUCCAUGACAUCUUUCCCAGGAGACGUAACUUUAUAUACGUCGAUCGAUCUCUUUGACUGUUUAAAGAAUGAUUCUAAUCUUUCUCAUCGAAAGGAAAAUAAAAAAGAAAUUUCGAAUGAAGAACAACGACCUACCUUAUCGACCGACGGUACGCAAAAAACUUACCGCAAAGAAACAAAAUUACGAAGUAAGUGGACAAUUACCGAAAAUUUAGUAUCUUCGAUAGGCAAUGAGAAAUCAUUAAAUCGUACAAAAAAUAACGUGCGAACAGGUAGCAGAUUUCGCAGCAAAAACGCUUCCUCGUUGUCCGGCAAAAUUGAUACAUCAGAACGAUCUCUUAACGCAGAGUUCUUUCAUUUGAAAAGCACCGUUAUGAAGAGAAAUCAUGAGAGUUCGAAAGAAUGGCUAUUGAAAGACAAAAAACAAGAGUUUUUUUUUGACGGCAGCAUUCCAUCGCCAUGUAUGAAUACAGGAUUGGUUUACGGUAUUAAAAGACCAACUACAAAUAUGAAUUAUGAUCCUUCAAUAUUUGGAAAUACUUUAGCUAGAAAUUUCUAUCCUGAUAAUGACAAUGUUCCGAUAGCACACGUCGAUAGUAGAAUAAUGUACGAGAAUAAAUCGAAUAUUGGUGCUCCAGUUUAUAUCGGCAAAUCAUCAACUGAUCAACUCGAAUUAUCAGCUGUUCCAAGAAAUAGAAUGACGUUGUUAAGUCAAAUCGAACCGGAUAUACCAGAAAAGGAAUCCGAAGAGAUGACUGCUAAUCUCUCAGCUUGGUUCGCCAGCAUGAGAAAUACUAAUGGACAAGCCCAACAGCAGCAGCAGCAGCAGCAGCAACAUCAACAACAAGAACAACAGCAGCAGCAACAACAACAACAACAACAACAACAACAACAUAUUACUCAACACCACUCGUUGUCUCAUCGAGGAGAAACUCUCGCCAGGAAGACGAUAGACUUUACCAGACAAUUACAAAUCGAUACGAAUCGACAACUUCAAACAUUAAGGAACAUGCAAAGUAUUCAAAGUGCACCUUGGAAUGCUGAACACAUUCUUGGUAAACGAUUAAAUGUUCACAAUCAAAUUCCUGAAGAAUACGACAGUUCGGAAGAUGUAAGAGUUUACAUGAAACCUGGUAGUUACAAUGUACCGAAGAAAAGACAUCAGAGAAAGACUAAUACACGACGUGCAGACAAUUUACGUGGUUCUGGGAAUAAUCAUAGGAAUAUGCAUUCAAUUAGAAGAGAGAAAAUCCCUAGAGUAUUGGCAUCUUCGACACCAGUAACUCGAACUACAUUAAAUUCUACAACAACACAAAGUAUCUCGUUACACAAUUCACCGACCAUUUUAAAACGUGUUACCCCAAUCAAGGACAAUCUUGAACAAGACGUUACUUGGAAGGCAGCAUGUGCUUCUGCAGAAAUCCUAUUAGAAGUUCUCAACGUAAAGGAUACGGUAAAAGAGACGAUCGAUGAUGAUUUUGACGAUGAUGAUGACUCCGACGACGACGAAGAUACUAAAAUUGAGAAAGGAAGUGAUAAAGAAGAUCGUGAGUCAUUGAAAAAUUUGCAUCGUCAGAAACUAGCUCAACAUAAUCAAAUAAAAUCAAUGAAAAAACGUAAGAAUGUUGUAGGAAUCGAUGCAUCAAGUUACGAAGCAUCCGAAGAUGAUUCUGGAUCAACUAGUAAAUUAUCUCCACGUACGAACGUUCUCUUAAAUUCGCAAGAGAAUCGUAAUGCUAAAACUAACGUGAAAACUGAUUCAUGGCUUAUCAGAACUCUCAACAAUGCUAGUAUGAUGGGUAAACAGAGAAGAAGAAAAAAUGAAUUUACUAUAGUAGAAAGUUCAGAAUCCUCGAACAGUUCGAUGAUCGAGGAAGAACGAACAUGUUUGACUUCGAUAACAGCUGUUGGUUUGACUACAACAACGAUCACAGCUACUACAACGAUCAAAGAUCGAGAAGAAACGAUUACUUCCAGAGAAAUUGGUAUCACCGAUCGAGUGAACGAAAACGAUCUUUUAACUGAGAUCAAAAAGGAUACUGAAAAUACUGUAGGACGUGCUACUUAUUCGGAAACUGUACGCAGAUCGACAGGACUUUCUACCGGAUCAUCGUCUAACGUAAUACGAUCGGUAAAGAAGAAACCUGUAACCUCGAGUCCAUCUUUAAAUUAUACUACGAUCGUACCGAUCCCUGGACGUAAAUGUCAACGCAAAGAUACUGAAAGAUCUUACCACUUGUUACAUAAAUCACGAAAACCCCCGAUUAAAAAUCCAUCGAGAAUUAUAGACGAUAAUGAAGAUCGUAGAUCGGAAAAUGGAUCGUUCUCUUGUUCGAAAUCAAAAAUGGCAGGAAACGAAACGUCAUUUUCAUCGAUGAUCAAUUUAUCUUCUAAAUCUUCUGCAAAUAAAUCUUUGCAAUGUAAAAAGAAAGGAGAUAAUAGUGAUACAAUCGAUAAUUUUGUUGAAACAAAAUAUGGAAAUAAAUCGAAUGAUCGGGGUUGGUCGGUUUGGUACAGUUCAAGAAGAAAGCAAAGCCUAAGUCCGCUUGCUUUGAGUAAAUUAGAAGCUAUUUAUCGAGCUCUCUGUCAAAUGGACGAAAUAAAAAUUUUUAAAUGUCCGCCCUCGAUCGAUAAUACCGAUCGAUCGUCCACUACAAUCGGAACGAUGGAAGAUUAUUGCAAAGCUAUUAAAAGUCCGUUGUUUCUCGAAACGGUCGAAUAUAAAAUUAAAAAUCGGAUUUAUCAUAAGAUCGAGCAUGCUGUUCAAGAUUUUCGAAGGAUUGUUCAUAAUUCGAAAAUUUAUUACAAGAACGACACUGAUCGAGUGAAAAAGAUCGAGAAUUUAUCAAAGAAACUCGAAGAAUUAUUUGAAGAACACUUUACCAAUUGGGAUUUUGAAAAUAUUAAUGGCAGUCCGAGAGAAGAUUCGCCGAUACGUCCGAGAUUGAAAUCAACGAAUUCAAAUCAAAAAACACUUAUUGGGCGUUAUGGAAAUUCUAAGAAAAGUCCUUCAACUAUAACUAUUACAGAAAGCACGUCGCUUCGAUAAUGAUACUUAACACUAUCUCUCCUACCUCUUCCGCUCUCCUACAUUGCCUCUUUCUAAUUUAUAAUUAAAUAACAACGGAUAACAUCAAGAAAAUAUUCUAUUAACAACGAAAAUAUUUUUUCAUUG